CAUUGUCACUGUCAAGUGUCAGGUCAGCAGCAGUUUUGGCCGUAGGUAUUAAUUUACAUAAAAUUCUUAACUAAAUCAAUAGUACAAUAGUAAACGAAGUGAAUAAAUCGGCAGUCGCUAUUGGUAGCUAACAUGAAAUGGACGGCUCACAUUGAAGGCGGGCCGCGGCGCGUUAACCAUGCGGCGGUCUGCAUAGGAGAAAAAAUACUUUCCUUUGGUGGCUACUGUUCUACCGAGGAAUAUAAGGAUUGGGACCCCAUCCCCGUUCACGUCUUGAACACACAAACUUUACGGUGGUCAGCAGUUAACUAUAAAAAAACAGAUGUUGUACCUUUUCAGAGGUACGGACACACAACAGUCGCUUAUGGAGAAAAGGUGUUCAUGUGGGGAGGCAGAAACAAUGCUGUGGCUUGCGACAUCCUCACCGUUUUUGACACUAGAACACUGGAAUGGAGCACGCCCAACGUCUCCGGGAGGAUUCCAUAUGCCAAAGACGGUCACUCAGCUUGCAUUAUUAACAAUAAGAUGUACAUAUUUGGAGGUUUUGAAUAUCUUACUGAUCAGUAUUCACAAGAAGUGCACUGUUUAAACUUAGACACGUAUGAAUGGCAGUUUGUACAAGCAACAGGAACCCCACCAUCCCAUAGAGAUUUUCAUACAGCCGUGGCACAUGGAGAUAGAAUGUAUGUCUUUGGUGGGAGAGGUGACUUGCAUAGCCCAUACAAUUCACAACAAGAAAUAUAUUGUUCACAAAUGUACUAUUUAGACACAAAAACGGACACAUGGGUGGCAUUGAAUCCUAAUAAAAUAUGGCCUUGUGGCAGGCGUAGUCAUUCUGCAUGGAUACAUGAUGAUUACAUGUACAUCUUUGGCGGAUACAAUGGCAACACAAAAAUGCAUUUCAAUGAUCUCUUCAGAUAUUCAAUCAAGAAAAAUCACUGGGAACUGGUCCGUGUGAACGGGCAGGUCCCAUGUAAGAGAAGGCGGCAGGCCUGCCUAAUUCUUAAAGAUAAAAUGUACUUGUUUGGAGGCACCAGUCCGCAACCGGCGAAAAACGUUUCCCUCCGGCCUGUCUCCGAAGACGACAGCCUGGAGCUGCUGCUGGACAACAACGACCUGCAUAUCCUGGACUACUCACCGACGCUCAAGACGCUCUGUAUACUCAAGGUUCUGGAACACAACCUGGACCACAGCGUGUUACCGCGCCACAUUAUCAUGGACAUCCGAAGCAUGUCGCAGCCGAACCGCAUCAGCAGAUCCAUCAACCAAGCGGGCUGAACUCAAAGCAGUGCGUGUGCUUGCUGUUCCGCCAGUACAUGCGCUGUGAUAACUGACGUUGCCGAAUACUUCAUAAUAGGCGCAUGUAGUGCUACUCUAUCGUACUUAUUUGUGUGUCUUUAAUUAGUACUUUUGUCAAAGCUUUGCCUGAACCCACAUGUGUGUCGCUUAACUUGAAACUCGGGUAAAUCCUUUCGACCCUCUCAGCAAAUAUCUACCCUGUUACCUUUUCUUAAUACCAAAAUCGCAUAAUCUGACAGAUGAAUUUACCCGAGUUUGAAGUUAAGCGACUCAUGUAAUCUAAGUAGACUACGCAAACACCUAGAGUUGGACCAAGAAAAGUCUGCAACGAUUUUGAUAGCGUACGCAGUGCAAGUGUUAUUAACACGUCAUAAUUUCAUAGAAGUUUGACGUUUGAAAUAACACUUGCACUGCGUGUGCUAUUAAAAUCGUUGCAGACUUUUCUUGAUCUAACUCUACCUUGCAUAUAAAAUCAAUUCAAGGUAUUCAUACACCUGUAUGUAUUUGUAAUUGAGUUAUAAAAGUAUUUGUAGGAAAGGAAUAAAACUUAAAUUAACUAAUUGAGUGUCUGUUUCUGCAGAGAUUCCGAUUCAUUUUGAAUGAUUUUGUAGUUGAUUAUUUCCAACGUUGAUUGAAAAAACUGUUAUAUUAUAAAGAAUAGAAUCGGGUAAUAUUGGCGCAUUACUACAUAACUUUACAGUAGGUACCUACUUACGUCGUUAGGGUAUGAACGCGAAAAAGUCGCAAUGGGUAUUUGCAUUGUCUAUUUAGAUUUAUGUAUGUUCUGUGUGUCUGAAUUGUAGUGUAUUUAUUAUUUCAAAUCCUUGACAUUACUAUUAUACGGACUUCAUACUCGAGACAGAGCCUAACGUUCGUAAAUGUAAUUGUUUUACUUGUCAUCCACAUCGUAUUCGUUAAAAAUAAAAAAUAGGUAUAUUUACAAUCUAGGUAAAUAAAAAAAAACGAUUAUUACCUAUAUCAUGUACCUACACCGGAACUAAAGACAUUUUUGUGGGUCUUGAAGUUUGGUUUUAUCUAGUCUCAUCAGAUGAAUGCAAGUCAAGCAUAUACGUCAGGGCGCCCUCGGUCUAGUAUAAAGUUUCCUCGUGUUAUUAAGUUAUUAUAUAGUCACUCGUGCAAUAGUAAGUUUUUCGAGUAUGAGUCUACAUAGUGUAGAACUGUUUAGUAAUACAUUCUGUAACUACAACUUCACUGCCUUAACAAAUCGCAAAAUAACCGUAACAGAACGACAUGUCCUUCCUAAAUUAUCUUAAAGAUUAUGGAUAUCUAUAUUUAUAUUAUUAAUUUAAAGGAUGAUUGAAUGACAUGCGAGAGUUAGAAUAGAUGUUACUGCCUAAAUAACGUCAUAAAGAUAUAUGUGUACUUGUGUAGUAGAUAUUAGGUUUACUAAUCCUGAAUACAUAUUAAAUAGCACUAUGAUAGCACUUACAACAAGAAAUUUGCGACAUCAUUUGUAAGUACUUUAGGGCGAUCAAAUUCACGGAAACCUUAGUAACAUAAAAUUAAGCCUUUUGUUCAAUACAGUCACAUACGUGCUAAAGUCUGUGCGGAGAAGAGCCGUAGUAUGUAUGAGUUCCUUUACAUUUCAGGACUCUUCUCUUUACUCUAAUAUAAAAAACUGGGGUCAAUUGAAACGUGGGUCACUUGAAACAAAGAGGAAAACGACGGUACAAGCUUACACGCGUGUUACAUUUCCCUACAUUUGGUUUUUACGAGCUUACGCGCGCACUACUUUUCCCUACAUUUGGUCUAUACGAGCUUACACGCGCGUACGCUGCUCUUCAAUACGCUCAUAUAAAACGCUAGCCUGUCACCGCUCUAAAUUGCGUACCUACGAAUUUACGAAUCUGUCGCGAAAAGUAAAAUCUUAUGAUUUCAACCUUCCCAGCAUUGGAAUUAAGUAAGAAAAUUGACAAAUCAUUGCUUUCUUCAACUGCACACUAAAUAUGAUUUGUUUUAGGCAGUAUAUACUUUACUAUUUCAAUAGCAAUAGAUUGAAUGAAAGAUCUUUUAUACCUACUCAUUUAUCAAUAAAAUCGUAUGUGACA